AUGUCUGAAGACGAAUGCACAUGCGUAGGAUGCAAGAAGAAGUUGGAAACGAUAGUAAGAAACGACAACGCAGACAAAGUUAUAUGCUUUUGUGGCCAAAAAGAUAAGCUGGGUGGUGUGCCCAUAGUGAUCACUAUCAAUAAAAUGAACAAAAAGGGAGAUGGUGGUCCUAAGCUCGAGACUGCGGACGCGGUUACUCAAGUAACUCCGAAGGUAUCUGAACACAAGAAGAAGGGAAAGAAGAAGAAAAGGUGUACCAUUUUAUAA